AUGGCAGAUGUAGAAGAAUCCACUGUGCCUGCAGAAAUUCAAUCAAGAAAUGUUGUUUAUUGUGGAGUUUGUUCGUUACCACCUGAGUAUUGCGAAUACGGUGGCACAGUAAAGAAAUGUCAAGAAUGGCUCGAGAAGAAAUAUCCUACUAUGUACGAGCGAUUAUGGUCUGAAGAUGCCCUCGCAGCAGCAACCUCAACCCUCAGUGUCGAUGCCCAAAAACGCGCCGCCAAAGACGCCACCAAAAAAGCCGCCAAAGCCGAAGCCCUCGAAGCCAAACAAAACGAAACUCUCGCGUCCUCCAAAGUCCGCAUCAAGCGUGUGGAGCGCAAUAAACGUAAAUACGUAACUGAAGUUCAGGGACUCGAAGCCUUUGGACUCGAGCUCAAAAAGGUUGCGAAGGAAUUCGGAUCUAGGUUCGCGACGGGAAGUAGUGUGACGAAGGUCGCAAGCGGAGGACAGGAAAUUACGGUUCAGGGCGAUGUGAGUGAAGAUGUGAGGGAGUUUUUGAUGAAGAAUUAUAAGAAUAUUCCGAAGAAAAAUAUUGUGCUUGAGGAGCCGAAGAAGAAGAAGGCGGAACCGGUGGAGGUUUAA